AUGUCCACAUCUACAGGGAACCUCGAUAGUUUGAUCAGAAAACUCCGGAAAAAGUUGCGCCAGAUAGAAAAUCUGGAAAUAUUACAUCGAUCGUUAACGCAAGACGAGAUCAUUAAGGCUAGAAAUUACAAUGCAUUUGUAAAUUCCAAAGAUGACAUCAGAGAAAUGCUUCAGGAUGCAUUGGAAGAACAACUGGAAAAAGAAGAACAAGUGACAGAAAAGUCAUCAAGACAGUACAAGAAAUCCCGCAAUGAAAUCUCUAGAGGAGCUGGAGACGAAAAAAGUUCAUUUACAAAUGAUGAGGAAAGCGACCAAGGAA